GAAUUUCAUCAGUGGUACAAUCAGACUUUGACUGCUAAUAAUAGAAGGGGAGAAGGGAAAAACCAAAGAUUGUCAAAUGGACAGCAAUAGCAGCACAUUCUGUCCAUGUUUCAUGUCGGAUUAGAUUUCAGUAAAAGCCAAAAUGGUGUUUCAUUAUGCCAGUAUUAACAGCUGUUUCAGAACCCGAGAUCCCACGAGCUGUUCUUCGACUAAAAUAUAACUAAUCACCGCAUGAAUUAUUCAAGAACUAAUUAAAAUGACCGUUUGAUCUUUCUCUUCUUCAGUUCUCAUAUAACUGUAGUCUGUCAGUCUCCACCGGUACCCCACCGGCCCCAUCGCCAGUCGUGCUGUUUCACAGCUGCAAGGGGAUGGUGGAAAAGUGAGAACAAAAUAACAAGAAAAGGGAAUGAAAAGCAGUAUGAGGUUGAAAAGCAAGUUCCUCAUCUUUUUCUUCUUUUCCUUUGCUUCUAUUCUCUGUUACUCUGAGGUGGUGGAGAGCAGUGAGUUCAACAAAGAAGUGUCGAUUCUGUUGUCGAUAAAAGCAAGUCUUGUUGAUCCAUUGGAUCAUCUCCGGGACUGGAAAUUGGCAGAUGGUAAAGUGGGGAACCUUUCAGGCCACUGCAGCUGGACUGGAGUUCAGUGCAACUCUAAUGGCCUCAUUGAAAGUCUUGAUCUUUCCCACAUGAAUCUCUCUGGCAGAGUGCCUGAUGAAAUCCAGGGACUCCCAAGCCUGGUUUCUCUCAACUUAUGCUGCAACGAGUUCUCAUCACCAUUGCCAAAAUCUCUAUCCAAUCUCACUGCACUUAAGAGCCUUGAUCUGAGCCAAAACUUCUUUGUUGAUGGAUUCCCAGAUGGGCUCGGAAUGGCUGCAGGAUUGACUGCAUUAAAUGCUUCAGGGAAUAACUUUUCGGGUUAUCUCCCUGAGGAUCUUGGGAACGCAACUCUGCUUGAGAGCCUGGAUUUGAGGGGGAACUUCUUUGAAGGUUCCAUUCCAAGAAACUACAAGAAUAUGGUGAGGUUGAAGUUUCUUGGUCUUUCAGGGAAUAAUCUCACUGGCCCGAUACCGAUGGAGCUAGGCGAACUAGCCUCGCUGGAGACUGUUAUUCUUGGAUACAAUGCAUUUGAAAGUGGGAUUCCUGCAGAGUUUGGAAAUCUUACCAAUCUCAGGUAUUUGGACCUGGCCAUAGGCAAUAUUGGCGGCUCGAUUCCAGCUGAACUGGGAAAACUGAGGAAGCUGGAAACAGUUUUCUUGUACCAAAACAAUCUGGAGGGGAAGAUUCCACCAGAGAUUGGUAACAUUACUGCAUUGCAGUUCCUGGACCUGUCUGAUAACAUGCUGUCAGGAGAAAUUCCGGCAGAGAUGGCUGAACUUAAGAAUCUGCAGCUAUUGAACCUGAUGUCCAAUCAGCUGUCCGGUUCAGUUCCUCCUGCCGUUGGGGGAUUGGCUCAACUAGAGGUACUUGAGCUUUGGAACAACACAUUGUCAGGGCCUUUGCCUACUGAUCUUGGCCGAAAAUCGCCACUUCAGUGGCUGGAUCUCUCAUCCAAUUCGUUCUCUGGUCCGAUUCCAACAACUUUGUGCGAUAGAGGAAACCUAACUAAGCUCAUCCUCUUCAACAAUGCCUUCUCUGGUCCGAUUCCAGCAAGUUUAUCGAUGUGUCCCUCACUUGUCCGAGUCAGGAUACAUAACAAUCGUCUUUCUGGCACUGUCCCUAUCGGUUUUGGCAAACUAGGCAAACUCCAAAGGCUGGAACUGGCAAAUAAUAGUCUCACUGGCCAAAUUCCAAAUGACCUUUCUUCUUCUACUUCUCUUUCUUUCAUUGAUCUAUCAAGAAACCAUCUUCAAUCUUCUAUUCCUUCGUCCAUUCUCUCCAUCCCAACUCUCCAGAACUUUUUGGCCUCGGGCAAUAACUUGAUUGGAGAUUUCCCAGAUCAGUUCCAAGAUUGUCCUGCUCUUGCUGUCCUGGAUCUCUCAUCAAACCAUUUCACUGGAAGUAUUCCAGCAAGCAUUGCAUCGUGUGAGAGAUUGGUUACCUUGAAUCUUCGGAACAACCAGUUGAAUGGACCAAUCCCAAAAGCAAUUGCAAUGAUGCCCACAUUGGCUGUCCUGGAUCUCUCCAACAACUCUCUGACUGGGGGAAUUCCUGAAAACUUCGGGAAUUCUCCAGCCCUGGAAAUGAUAAAUCUUUCUUACAACAAGCUAGAGGGCCCUGUCCCUUUAAACGGCAUUCUCAGAACGAUAAAUCCCAAUGAUCUGGUUGGCAAUGCUGGUCUCUGCGGUGGAGUUCUUCCUCCUUGCUCACACAGUGCAGCAUAUACAUCAAAAGAACAUGGCCUGCAUGCAAAACACAUCAUUGGGGGAUGGAUAAUUGGGAUUUCAGCGCUUCUAGCUCUAGUUAUGGCAGGUUUUGGAGCUCGAGCACUGUACCAAAAAUGGCAGGACGGGAAUUGCUUUAAGGAAAGAUUUGAAACGGGCAACGGGGAUUGGCCAUGGAGAUUGAUGGCAUUCCAGAGGCUUGGUUUCAAUAGUAAUGACAUUCUAGCCUGCAUUAAGGAGUCAAAUGUGAUAGGAAUGGGGGCAACAGGGACAGUUUACAAGGCUGAGAUACAGAGAGCAAACACAACUGUUGCUGUCAAGAAACUGUGGAGAUCAAGAACUGAUCUUGAGAUGGGAGGCAGUGGUGACCUUGUGGGAGAGGUGAACUUGCUAGCAAGGUUAAGGCACCGGAACAUUGUGAGGCUUGUGGGACUUCUUCACAACGACACCGAUGCAAUGAUAAUCUAUGAGUACAUGCAAAACGGAAACCUUGGUGACGCAUUGCAUUGCAAACAAGCCAGCCGGUUGCUGGUAGACUGGGUUUCAAGGUACAAUAUAGCACUGGGGGUUGCACAAGGGCUGGCUUAUCUCCACCAUGAUUGUCAUCCACCCAUAAUCCACCGAGACGUGAAGUCAAAUAACAUAUUACUUGAUGAAAAUCUUGAGGCAAGAGUUGCUGAUUUUGGUUUGGCAAAGCUAAUGCUUAAGAAGAAUGAAACAGUUUCAAUGGUUGCAGGAUCUUAUGGAUACAUAGCCCCUGAGUACGGGUACACAAUGAAAGUUGAUGAGAAGAGUGACAUUUACAGCUACGGAGUAGUCCUGAUGGAACUCCUCACUGGGAAGAGACCAUUAGAACCUGAAUUCAGAGAAUCUGUUGAUAUUGUAGAAUGGAUACGCAAAAAGAUGAGAGACAACAAACCUCUGGAGGAAGCUCUAGACCCCAGUGUUGGCAACACGAAACACGUUCAAGAAGAGAUGCUCUUAGUUCUAAGAAUAGCUGUUCUUUGCACUGCAAAGCUCCCGAGAGACAGACCCUCGAUGAGAGAUGUUCUAACAAUGCUUGGAGAGGCAAAGCCGCGGAGAAAAAGUAGCUGCGGCAAUGGAGUGAAUGCUACUAACAAAGACAAACCAGUAUUUAGCACGUCUCCUGUAAACGGCCUUCUGUGAAUACCAAACAAAUCUAUGCUGCUUCCGGGCCACGGAUUAGUUUUUCGAUUUUCAUCUGUAACUAGAAGCUUUGAAGAUCAUUCUGUAAGUUCUGAUAUCUUGUUGUCUAGAACUAGAGAGGUAUAGGGAUUGAUGCUGCAAAUAGUAUUGUAACUUUUUUGCUAUUUAUAAUCAGAAGUGCACAAUUUUAUUGCACCCACAAACAAAUAAAGCGUGUCUGCUCUUAGCGCACAAAGAAAACUGCAAAAACUAAUCUCCACUGAUACGAGAACAGAAAUCCCGCAUGAAUCUCAAGUAGCAUUUGAUCAUAUGAAGAUGAUACAACAUUGUAUUAGGAGGCAGUUUCAGAGAGCUGCUGGAUGAAUGAAAGAACGUAAACGACACCCAAUGUCUGCAAAUAAAUAUAAUUCGCCAAAAAUGAUUUUUGGAAAGCAACAUAAUGACAUAUGACAAACAUUUAAGAAGUUGUAAAGCCAACGGAAAAAAAAUUAAAUGAGGGAGUAUUAACAGCCUCGGAUACAAAAAUGAAGAAAAAUAUUUUCUUUCAUUAACACAAGAAUAUUUACCAGUCUGUGCUGCAGCAAAACCAAAACUCAACAACUAGACACUCCCAUACUUACAACAUUAUCGAAAGGCAACUCUCAGAUGCUUACCUAUAUGACAGAAAAAUCAACAACGUUUCUGUCAUGCUAACACAAGUGCUCCCCCCAAGUAGGGGAAAUGCGUCAAAUUAACAUUA